AGGUACCGUCUUGAACAUGCUUUUAGUGUUAAAUGUUAAUUUCGGUUUUAGAUGAUAGAUGGCAUUGUUCUUACUUAGAUCGCGAUAUCUAAAUAUUUUUUCCGGCUUAUAAGUACUUGAGUCUGAUUUAUUAAUAAAUUGUCUAUGCUCUGGAACUGGCGUUUGUUCUUUGCCUAACUCGGCAUACCCUCGGACAGGGUCCUUACGAGACGGAGCAUUUUUGAAGAAAGCAAACUACGAGGUGUGUCGAAGUUGGUGCAUUUGGUUUUGGACAGUGGCGCUGCUGGCUGGAUACAGACGAAGACCGAUGAAGUUUUAAAAAGAAAAACAGUAGUGACAGUACUGACAUUUGGUGAAGUGACAGAAAACGGGACGUGUUGAUACAUUGAAAUUGAAAAUGGUGUGAUAGUGAAAAUGUGGAAAAUAUUAAAGUGCAAGUUAAACCUGUAAGUACUUUGGAUGUUUAAGUGUUUAGGACUUAGAAUAGUUUCGCAAAAAGUGACACUACGGGGAACCUAUGCCCGAUUUCAAAGCGAAAUUGUGAGUUCAAACACUUAGAAAAAUUUCAAUCGGCAAGUUGGGGACUUGGGAAAUUUGCGAAAAUGGAUGCAGAAUUCAGAGUAAUGGGUGACUUGAAAAGUCAAAUAGAAAAAGGAAGAAUAAACUUCAAGAAAUCGCCCAAGGAUCGUAUUACCGAAACAUACGUCACGGCGAGACUGGAGGCUUUGGAGGCGUUGAUGAACAAGUUCAUGGAGCGGCAUGAGUCAAUUAUAGCAUCAUAUGAGAAGGCGGAUUUAGACGAAAGUACUUAUAUCGAGGACGACGUGUUUGGAGUCGGCUAUGAAAUGUACUUAGUAUAUAAAAGUGAAUUAAAAGCUACACUUAUGUCAUUGAAUCCUGUAAGUACCGAUUGUUCAGAUUUGCCUUGUUUUAAUUCCAAAAUGAGAGACAAUAAUGUCAAGCUGCCUAAAAUAUCUAUACCGGUUUUUAAUGGUAAUUAUUCUGAUUGGUCAUCAUUCAAAGAUUUAUUUCUUUCCUUAGUUCACAACAAUCAAACUCUUGAUGAUGUCCAACGUUUACAUUAUCUAAAAACACAAUUAACAGGCGAAGCUGAACAAUUGAUUAAACAUAUUCCUAUAACUACGCUAAAUUAUAAAAAAUGCUGGGAUCUGUUACAAAAAAGAUAUGAUAACAAAAGGUUUAUGUCUAAUUGCAUUCUUAAACGAUUGUUUAGUCAACGCACUAUGAAUUAUGAGUCUGCACAAGCUUUAAAAGAGCUGGUAGAUACCACUUCAGAUUGUAUUCAUGAACUGUCAAAUUUAGGAAUUAAUACGGAAUCCUGGGAUAUUAUUAUUAUAUAUAUUGUCAGUUUGAAGUUGGACGCGGAAAGUAGGAAACAAUGGGAAUUGCACGUAAAUAAUUGCUGUGAAGAGUUACCAUCGUAUUUUCUAUUCAAAGAGUUUUUGGAAGGUCGUUUUCGCGCAUUGGAAUGUAUAGAGCCUAAUAAAACCAAAUUUAAACCUAAUCAAAUGAAAGUCCUCCACACAGCCGUUGAUAAUAUUUGUCCACACUGCAAGGAUAGUCACAAGUUAUAUGUCUGUAGUCAAUUUGCCAAAGAGGAUGUAUCAACUCGUUAUGAUAUAGUAAAGUCACUGGGCCUUUGUUUUAAUUGUCUUGGGAAAGGUCACCCUGGAAAAUCGUGUCGAGUCGUUACUAAAUGCCGGAUUUGUAACGGUAAACAUCACACGCUUCUCCAUGGUAGACCAUAUUCACUAACGUCAGCAGUAGCCACUGAAUUGUCUGAGGAUUCAGAAAUCGAGCAAAGUCAGCCAGAAUCGUCUUGUGAGACGAAGGAGACCGCGGACAUUGUAAGCCAUUUUGUGACAGGAAAGGGUUCUAAUCAGACCUUAUUAGCCACAGCUUUGAUCCAAGCUGAGUCCAUAAAUGGUUAUCCUCUGAUAUUGAGAGCACUUCUGGAUCAAGGGUCGCAAGCAUCGUUCAUAUCAGAAGCAGCCGUACAGUUGUUACGUCUGAGGAAAAUUGCGGCUAAGAGUAGCAUCUCUGGAUUGGGUGGUGGUCAGAGCGGCUUAACCUCGAAGUAUGUGGUUAUGGUCAAUAUUCAGUCGCUCAAUGACCCCACAUUCAAGUUACAGGUUAAGGCACACGUACUUAACACAGUUACGUCAAUUUUACCGCAAAAAAGGUUUGUACUACCUAACUGGCAAGAAUUAGGUAAGAUCAAUUUGGCUGACCCACAAUACAAUUCACCCAACAAAAUAGAUGUUUUGUUAGGUUCCGAAGUUUAUUGUACUAUUCUGAAAGAAGGUUUAAUCAAGAGUCCUUCAGGUUUAACUAUUGCGCAGGAUACGUACCUGGGAUGGGUAUUGUCGGGUCAGGUGGGCGGGAAUGACGAGGAGCAAAAUUGCCAUAAUGUUAUUUUGAAUUUACAUGUCAAACUAGAAGAAAAUGAACUGCUGAAAAGGUUUUGGGAGCUUGAAUCUGAACCCCCCUUAGUAAAGGAGAGAGUGUUAACACCGGAAGAGCAAGCAUGUGAAACUCACUAUCAGAAAACCACGAAAAGAGAUGAUUCCGGUCGCUAUGUUGUAGAGUUGCCUUUUCGUACAAAUAUAUCACAAGAUUAUGGUGAUACGCGAUCUGUAGCUGUGAAAAGACUAGCUAGUCUUGAGAAACGACUGAGCAAAAACCCAGAUAGUAAAAAAGAUUAUUCUGAGGUAUUGCAAGAAUAUAAGAGUUUGGGUCAUAUGGAAGAAGUCACAGAGGGGACGGAUGCGACUCAGAAAAGGGUAUGGUUACCACAUCACGCGGUUAUUCGAAUGGACAGAAGCACUACGAAAACAAGAGUAGUCUUCAAUGCAUCCGAUAGGAGUGCAAACGGACUGUCAUUGAAUGACACAUUGAUGGUGGGUCCAACUUUACAACCGGAGUUACGUCAUACAAUUAUGCGAUGGCGACUACAUCCUAUCUGUCUCAUUGCUGACAUUGUUAAAAUGUAUAGACAGGUCAAGAUUGCAGAAAAAGACGUUGAUUAUCAAAGAAUAGUGUGGAGAGAAAACGAGGGUGAUAAAAUUAAAGAUUAUCGACUGUUAACUGUAACCUUUGGGACGUCCUGCGCUCCAUACUUAGCCGUCAAAACAUUACAACAGGUAGCUGUGGAUGAAGGUCAUAACUUUCCGCUGGCGGCGAGUAGAGUAAAAACCGAUUUUUACAUGGACGAUCUUUUAACCGGAUGUCAAUCUGAAAAUGAAGCUCUUAAAAUGUAUGAAGAAAUGAAUGAGUUGCUCAAGAAAGGAGGAUUUGUAAUGCAAAAGUGGGCUAGCAACAAGAUAGAUUUAUUGAAGUCUGAAAAUGAAAAUAUAAGGACAGAUCGAGAGAUUAAAGAAGAUCAAAUAACCAAAGUAGUGGGCUUAAGUUGGAAUCGGAAUACCGACGAGUUUGAUUAUCGAGUUCGAUUAUCGGCUGAGGCUCCUGUACCUAAAACGAAGCGAGGAAUUAUUGCUGAAAUAUGUCGACUAUAUGAUCCUCUUGGAUGGAUUUCACCGUGUAUUGUAACAGCUAAAAUCUUCAUACAGAAACUCUGGAUCUCUGGAUUUGACUGGGAUGACAAAUUACCUGAGUCACUAUUACAAGAGUGGGAGCUGUACCGAAGAGAAUUGGCGACACUAGUAGACUUUCAUUUACCUCGAUGGGUACAUAGAGCUGACAGUGACGUACAGGUGGAGUUACAUGGAUUUAGCGACGCAUCUACUGCCGCUUAUGCUGCAGUGGUAUAUAUCCGAUGCAUAUCCAAAGAUGGUUCAAUAACUUCUCACCUAAUAACAGCGAAAACGAAAGUUGCUCCAAUAAAACAGGUUUCUAUCCCUCGCCUCGAAUUGUGUGGAGCGGUUUUAGUCACAAAGCUGCUAAGAGAAGUCGCCGGAGUACUUAACAUUGAUAAGUCUAAACUACAUGCGUGGACAGACUCCACCAUUGUAUUGGCUUGGUUGGGGGAUCACCCUAGUCGGUGGAAGACCUUUGUGGCUAAUCGCACGGCUGAAAUACUGACUCUUUUAGAUGCCUGUCAGUGGGCUUAUGUGUCCUCUAAAGAGAAUCCCGCCGACUGCGCUUCGCGAGGGAUUCCACCGUUCGAGUUGACUUUCAAUGAAUUAUGGAGAAACGGACCACGUUGGCUAAAGGAGAACCAAAUUCAAUAUACGAAGCCACUUUCAAUAUGUACCAAAAUCGAUCUUGAGGCUAGAAACGUAAAAGUGCAUAACAUUUCAAUCGAGGAUAGUUCAGAGUUUUUUUUUUGGUAAGUUUUCGUCGUUUUGGAAGACGGUACGAGUGAUUGCUUAUUGCAGAAAAUUCUUGGAUCUGAAGAGCACGGCAACACCUAAAUCAAAACCGUUGCCCUACCUUACAGCUGCUGAAAUACAGGAAGCACUUACCUGUUGCGUUCGUAUGCAUCAACGUAGCUGGUUUCGUGAAGAUAUUGAGCAUAUUCUGAAAAAUAAAAAUGUUAAGAAGGAGAGUAAACUAUCGACAUUAAAUCCAUUUUUGGACAAUAACAAUUUGUUAAGGGUCGGAGGAAGGAUAGAACGAUCACACUUGCCGGAAUGUAAUAAACAUCCUAUUAUUAUUGAUGGAUCAUCGCAUUUGGGCAAACUUAUAAUCGCUGAUGCCCAUGAAAAAACAAUGCAUGGAGGCCAACAACUUACCUGCAACUAUAUACGAUCGAAGUACUGGGUUAUAAAGUUAAAGAUGUUUGUGCGGUCACAUAUUCACGAGUGUGUGACCUGUAUUCGUUUUGCCGCCAAGACCAGGCAUCAGUUAAUGGGCCAGUUGCCAUCUUGUAGGGUAGCACCUCAGAAAGCAUUUUUGCAUUCCGGUGUGGAUUAUGCAGGACCUAUAAACAUAAGAGUUUCUAAAGGAAGAGGAAAUAAGGCAUAUAAGGGAUAUAUUUGUCUUUUUAUAUGUAUGGCAACCCGAGCCAUUCACCUCGAAGUUGUUUCUGACCUGACUUCUAAUGGGUUUUUGGCCGCAUUCAGACGCUUUGUAUCCAGAAGAGGUAGAUGCAAUCAUCUGUGGAGUGACAAUGGAACAAAUUUUGUUGGUGCGGCGAAGGAGUUGAAAAUUUUGUUAUCUAAGGAAAGAUCGUCGUUCUCCAAGGAAGUAGCGAGUAUGUUGGCCAAUAAUGGAACCGAAUGGCAUUUUAUUCCUCCUCACGCUCCCAAUUUUGGUGGAUUGUGGGAGGCUGGGGUAAAAAGCACCAAGCACCAUCUCAGAAGAGUUAUUGGAGAUGCUACUCUUACGUUCGAGGAGAUGACGACUGUAUUGAGUCAAGUUGAGGCAUGCCUUAAUUCACGACCCUUGUCUCAAAUUAGUAAUGAUCCUGAUGACUUUGUCCCGCUAACGCCAGGUCACUUUUUGAUAGGCGAGCCACUGUUGACUGUUCCUGACGUUAGUAUAACUAACGAUUUACAAACAAAUAGUUUGCGUCGUUGGCAAUUGACUCAGAGAAUGGUUCAACAUUUCUGGAGACGUUGGUCGAAAGAAUAUUUAACAAAUUUCUUUCAACGGUUCAAGUGGAAGACUAGAUCCCAGGAAUUGAAGAUAGGCGACGUUGUCUUAGUAAGAGAGGAUAAUUUACCUCCCGCGAAAUGGCUGUACGGGCGGGUGGUAAGUCUUCAUCCGGGUGCUGACAAUAUCACGCGAGUUGUAACGUUGCGUUAUAAAGGUUCUAGUAUUCAGCGUCCAGCUUCAAAACUUUGUCCGUUGCCGACUAAUGAUAGUGUUUGAGAUAAGAUUUUUUUGUAAUAUUAUUUAUUUGUUUUUUUUAACUAAUAUUAGUCAAUAUGAGUUGAGCGAAGGGUUACGUUUUAAUUAAUCUUUAGGAAAUAGUUGAUAAUAGAUUUAUGUUUCAAUGUGCUGAUCAUUUUUUACAAGCUUUUUUAAAAUAUACCUAGUUAAUUUAAUGCAUAGAGGUUCAAUAUGCUUUUGGUUCCGUAAUCGUUAGUUUUUAAUGUUAUUCUUCAGCAUAAGUUACUGUAUGAGUUCUUAUUUGGUUAAGGACUAAUAAGUCCUUGGUGGGCGGUAUGUUCGAGGUACCGUCUUGAACAUGCUUUUAGUGUUAAAUGUUAAUUUCGGUUUUAGAUGAUAGAUGGCAUUGUUCUUACUUAGAUCGCGAUAUCUAAAUAUUUUUUCCGGCUUAUAAGUACUUGAGUCUGAUUUAUUAAUAAAUUGUCUAUGCUCUGGAA